AUGAAACCCCUAUCCCAGCCUCCCUACCAUCACAUCAUCCAGCUCCCCACCACCCCCGAGGUAGACCUGUCCAGUCUCCAUCCAGUGUCCAUCGGUCAAGAAUGGCUUUCCGGGCUCAACAGCUACCUCGUCGACCGGAGCGCCGUUCAACUAUCUCAGCUGUUCCAUGAAGACUGCUGGUGGCGCGACAUGCUCGCCCUGGACUGGGAAUUCCACACCCUCCAGGGCUUCACCCGCGUCCGGCGCUAUCUCGAGCAGCACCUGCCCAAGGCCCAACUCCAAAAUGCCCAUCUUUACGGCGCUGGAGCAGAACCCGCCAUUGAGACUCCUCAGCCCGGGCUUACAUGGAUUACGGCCACAUUCGCCUUCGAAACCCGCGCUGGUCAUGGGCGCGGGGUCUUCUACCUCACCCCGACCCAGGAUGGAGAUUGGAAAGCCUAUUCGGUAUACACAGCUCUGCAGGGGCUACGCGGAGUCGAAGAGCAAGUCGGACUACGGAGGCCGUUCGGUACCAUCGACUCAAUGCGUGGAGGGAUCUCUCAGGGUAACUGGCUGGAGCGACGCCAGAGAGACAUGGAGUUCAACGACACCGACCCAACAGUACUAAUUGUUGGCGCAGGCCAAGCCGGGCUCAAUCUGGCGGUGCGUCUGCAGACUCUGGGUCAAUCAUGUCUCAUCGUGGAGAAGAACUAUCGCGUGGGAGAUAAUUGGAGACAGCGAUAUCGGACUCUCAUCACCCACGACCACAUCGAGACCUGCCAUUUGGCGCAUCUGCCCUUCCCCAAGACUUGGCCCAAAUACCUGCCCAAAGACAAGCUGGCGGAUUGGCUCGAGUCUUACGCAACCAUUAUGGAGUUGAACGUCUGGACACAGACAGAGAUUAAAGCUGCCGAGUACGAUCAGGAGCGCCAGCAAUGGACUGUUUCGCUCGUCCGAGACGGGGUGGAGCGUAUCCUUCGUCCGCACCACAUGGCCUGGUGCGCUGGACACCUCGGCCUGCCUCUGAUUCCCAGUUUUCCCGGCCAGUCCCAGUUUGAGGGGCAGCUCUAUCAUGCAAGCCAGCAUGUGGAUGCCAGACAACUUGCCCCCCACGGGAAGAAAGUGGUAGUGGUGGGCACGGGCAAUAGUGGGCAUGAUAUCGCCCAGGACUUUUACGACCACGGCGCCUCGGUGACGAUGCUCCAACGGGGUCCGACGUAUGUCUUGACCGAGAAGCACGGAUUGCCCUUGUUACCGGAGAAUCAUGGGAUUGACGACAACCGAACCCCCAUCGAAGAGCAAGACAUCUUGUCCGAGAGUCUCCCCUGGCCGGUCACAUUAGCCCUAUGCGUGGAUCUGACGCAGCGCAUCUCAGCCGCAGACGAAGAGGUCCUCCGGGGUCUCCGAGCGGUGGGUUUUCAAUUGGACUUCGGCCUCGACGGCGCCGGACUUUUACGCUCGCUGGUGACCCGAGGUGGGGGAUACUAUAUCGAUUUUGGCUGCAGCCGACUCCUGAUCGAGGGAAAGAUCCAGCUGCAGCACUGCGCGGGCGGGAUUGCCUCUUUCGACACCAGGGGGCUGCAUCUGGCGGAUGGGAGGUACUUCGCAGCCGACAUUGUAGUGCUGGCGACGGGGUACGCCAAUAUGCGCGAGUCGGUGCGGCGCACGCUGGGGGAUCUUGUGGCCGACCAAUGCAAGGACGUGUGGGACUUGGACGAGGAAGGAGAGAUUCAGACGAUUUGGCGACCAAGUGGCCAUCCCAAUCUGUGGCUCAUGGGAGGGAGCCUAUCUCUGUGUCGCAUUUACUCCCGAUUUAUUGCACUGCAGAUUGUCGCCACCGAACUUGGGCUGAUGGCGCAGUGA